UAAUGAGCCUAGUAACGUUAAUAAAAUUUCUGAUGUUCCUUCUAAUAACAAGUGUAAUGAUAAUAAUCCUAUUACUCAAAAUAAUGAAAAUAGUAAUAAGCCUAGCAACAUUAAUAAAAUUUCUAAAGAUCUGUCUAAUAACGAGUAUGAUAAUAAUUCUAUUACUCAAAAUAAUAGAAAUAGUAAUAAGCUUAACAAUGAUAAUAAAAUUUUCAAAGUUCUGUCUGAUAACGAGUAUGAUAAUAAUUCUAUUACUCAAAAUAACAGAAAUAGUAAUAAGCCUAGCAAUGUCAGUAAUAUCUUUAAAGUCUCAUCUAAUAACGAGCAUAAUGAUAAUAAUCCUAUUACUCAAGUAAGUUCUAACUAA